AUGGAGCCGUUGUUGGUGGCGCAUUAUCGGGGUCUUUGGGACCUUGGUCGUGAUACAAUGGAGGCUGGUCAGCGUGGCUCCCAGGCCCUGUGGGAGCUUGGAGACGAUGGUCUGGACCAAGCCGUUCCCGGUGGUGGGUUUGUCGAAAUCGCUCCAGGACGACAACAUAUUGAUCCGGUUGACGAGAGGCGCGACACGAGACGUGGCAACCGUUGCGCCAACGUCGACGGGGUUACCAAAAGCUCCGCUGACGUACUUCCACCAAACGGAGAAGAGCUGCCAUCGAAGGAAUCGGAGAGUCCGCAUGGCGUUGUCGAGGGCGAAUUGGGUCUUGUACAACAGCUCGAGGGUCGUCUUCUGGGUGUCAGUCGGCUCCGCGCCGUUGUCAGCGCCGCUCAUGUGCCAGACUGUGCCGCCGUCACUCCGCUCAUAUCCAUGGUUGUAGAGCAGGUCCUUGGCUUCCAGCUGGGCGUCGACCCCAUCGUCUUGUGUCAGCAGCAGCGUCUGAAUUGCCCAAAGGUCCGUCUCCAGCUCUUUUAUAGUGCCAGUCUCAGUGUCUUUGUGGGCACCUACGUACGUGAUCAACGCAUCCGUUGGCGUCGAGCCUAUUGCGACGGGAAUGUUCGGUUUGUUCUUGGUCAACUGCGCGGCGGCGUCUCGCGCAGGAACGACCGCGGGAGACUGGUCCGCGAUCCAGGUAACAUCGUAGACGGCACCAUGGCAGAGCGAGGCUGUAGAGUCCGACGCUCCCAUCCAGCUGUCAACUGGGCCGCCCUUUCCGGCAUCUGGAACGUCCAUCAUGAGAGCGUUGAUGCGGAUUUGGUGGGUUGUAGCAACAUCCGCGGGAAUGUAGAACGGGUCUUCGGUGGGAUCCGCAUGCCAUCCGAUCACGUAGUAGCUGGCUUGCGCAUGUUGCAUCACCGUCGUUUGGCCAGAAUCAGCUUGAUAGGUGAAAUCAUCGAGCAAGCUGAAUACAUUUGA